AUGGAUUUGGCAUAUGGCCAUUGCCACUUGCAGGAGUUGAAACAUAGCGGCUUGUGGAGUUAUUUUCCCUGGAUCUGGCAAACAGAGAAGAAGCGCUUUGGCAAGCGCUCUGCUGGUGAACGCUGGGUGGUUUUUCUGGAGGCCGCCACCAUGGUAGAUCCCAAAGCUUUGGAACUACUACUGGCCCAGUAUGACGCCAGAGAACCGUGGUAUCUUGGUCGUUCUCUUCAAGAUGAUCAGAUGUCAAUUAUUCAUCAUUAUCAACAAGAACCAGCUUACCCUCUAGUCCAUGCAGGCUUCGCUUUAAGCGGUGGGCUCUUGAAAAAGCUUCUCAAGGACUUGGAGGAGAAGCCGGUGGGAAGCGGACAGCAGAUCGAACCUGUUUGGGAGCUGGCCAGCCGACUGGGUCUCUUGACGCAGACGGGCCCUGAGACGGAGAUAGACCGAGAUCCGUGGGAGUGCGUUAUCGCUGUUAAGACGGUUGACAAGUUCCACCCAAUCCGUUUGCCGCUGUUGAAAGAGUUCUGGGCCGAUGAAAGCAUUGUGCAGGUGCUCUACAUGAGUAACACUGGUUCCUCAGCUGGAGCCAAGAUCAUCGACCUGAGCGUCGACUUUGGCGACAUGGUGGACCCCAAGAAAGAGUCCAACAAACAGGGGAGUGGCCAUUGCACAAAGAUGCAAGCAAUACUCAGGUAUUUGCACCGCUUCGAGCCUGACCGGCGGUGGUACGUGGUCACGGAUGAUGAUACCUUGGUGAACGUCCCUCGCUUGCUGCGGGUCUUGGACUCUCAUGAUGACCGGGAGGCCAUCUACUUGGGGGAGCGCUAUGGGUGGUCUCACAUGCAGGACG